UGAAAGUGAAAAUGAAGACACUGAGGUUGUCAAGAACCAUCGAAGUGUUACUGGUGUUACUGUAGUGAAUGAUAAGGAAAAAAACAUUUCAGAGGUUCAAAACAUUGUAACUUCUACGGAUCUUCUGGCGAUCGAAGAAAUAGAUACUUGUGUUAUCGAUGCUCAAAUGUUACUGACAGAGUCAUCAAGUUCUAGGGAAACAAAAAAUGCAAUAAAUACGAACCUCAAAUGUGUUUUGGUAAAUCCUAGUUAUGAGGAAUGGAAAAAUGGUGCAAGCUUGGAAGAAUACCAAGAAUCUGUAAACAACACUGCAUCUGAUAAAAUAAAGGAAUGGAAAAAUGGUGCAAGCUUGGAAGAAUAUCAAGAAUCUGAACACAACACUGCAUCUGAUAAAAUAAAGGAAUGGAAAAAUGGUGCAAGCUUGGAAGAAUACCAAGAAUCUGAAAAUAACACUGCAUCUGAUAAAAUAAAGGACAUUUUACUCAGUCCUUCUAAAUGUCAAUCACCAGUGACAUCUUGUCAUGUUAUUGAGUCGUCUGCUUCAACAUUUCAAAAGCGAAUUGGUUGUGGAAAUGAUGAUAUUUCAAAGAGGAUAAAGUUAGAUGUACCUCAAUUCUUAUGGCCAGAUAUCUAUCCACCAAUUAAUUUGGAUGAACUUGCUUUAGAUCCAGCAAGACUAAGAGAGGUUGAAUCAUGGUUCAAUAAUGCUUUUAACAAAAAUAAUUAUAAUAUGUACCAAAUGCAAUCUCAUAGGCUUUUGGUUCUAUCAGGACCUCCUGGCUCUUCAAAAACAUCGGUUAUCAAGCUGAUUGCAAAGAAAAGAAAUCUUCACAUAAUUGAGUGGGAGAACCCUCAAACGUUUACUACCGACCAUUCUGAUGAAUUUGUUCCGGUCAUGGCACCGUUCGAAUUAUUUUUGUCUUAUAACGGUCGUAACCCUCACAAACAGUGUAUUUUAAAUCAAAAUAAUUCUCAAAUUAUUAUUGUUGAAGAUCUACCAUGCCUUAUUAAUUCGGGAGCAAAAAAACAAUUUCAUCAAGCUAUUAAAGCUCACGUAAAGCAUCCCAGAACAUCUUUUCCUCUUAUUCUUAUUAUAAGUGAAGCUCAUA